GCAUUUCUAUUCCACAUGGCGGUGCUCCUGAAGAGGCUGCUGCAGUCGGUGAGGCCCCCAGCGGCCUUGGGCCGCCCCAUGGGACGGCGCGAGGCCAGCCUGGGCACUGAUCCCGGGGCUGCGGUGCGAGUGCGGUUCGCCCCCAGUCCCACAGGCUUCUUGCACCUGGGCGGCCUCCGCACUGCCCUGUACAACUAUAUCUUUGCCAAGAAGCACCAGGGGAGCUUCCUCCUCAGGCUGGAGGACACAGAUCAGACCCGCCUUGUGCCUGGGGCAGCAGAGAAUAUUGAAGACAUGCUGGAAUGGGCAGGCAUCCCGCCUGACGAGAGCCCCCGCCGGGGAGGUCCUGCCGGGCCCUACCAGCAAUCCCAGCGGCUCGAGCUGUACGCCCAGGCCACGGAAGCGCUGCUGGAGUCUGGCGCCGCUUACCCCUGCUUCUGCUCACCGCAGCGGCUGGAGCUCCUGAAGAAGGAGGCCCUGAGGAACCAUCAGACGCCCCGAUAUGACAAUCGGUGCCGGAACCUGAGCCAGGGGCAGGUGGCCCAGAAGCUAGCCCAAGGCCCCAAACCUGCAAUCCGCUUCCGCCUGGAGGGGGAAGCGCCAGCCUUCCAGGACCUGGUGUACGGCUGGAAUCGACAUGAGGUGGCUCAUGUGGAAGGGGACCCAGUCAUCCUGAAGAGCGAUGGCUUCCCUACGUACCACCUGGCCUGCGUGGUGGACGACCACCACAUGGGCAUCAGCCACGUGCUGCGCGGCUCCGAGUGGCUGGUCUCCACCUCCAAGCAUCUGCUCCUCUACCAGGCCCUGGGCUGGCAGCCACCUCGCUUUGCCCACCUGCCCCUCCUCCUCAACAGGGAUGGCAGCAAGUUGUCCAAGAGGCAAGGGGACAUUUUCGUGGAGCAUUUUGCGGCUGCCGACUUCCUGCCGGAUGCCUUGCUUGAUAUCAUCACCAACUGUGGCUCAGGGUUUGCAGAGAACCAGAUGGGCAGGACCUUGCCAGAAUUGAUAACACAGUUUGACCUGACCCGGAUCACCUGCCACUCAGCCCUGUUGGACCUGGAGAAGCUCCCAGAAUUCAACAGGCUACACCUCUGUCGGUUGGUGAGCAACGAGACCCAGAGGCACCAGCUGGUGGGGAAGCUGCAGGCCCUGGUGGAGGAGACGUUCGGGAGCCAGCUGCAAGACAGGGAGGUCCUGGAGCCAGCCUACGUGGAGAGGAUCAUCCUGCUGAGGCAGGGUCACAUUUGCCGCCUGCAGGAUCUGGUCUCCCCGGCACACUCCUACCUGUGGACUCGGCCUGCUGUGGGCCUAGCGCAGCUGGGCACCAUUUCGGAGAAAGUGGACGUGAUUGCCAAACGCGUGCUGGGGCUUUUGGAAGGACCCGGUACAAGCUUAACUCAGGACAUGCUGAAUAGCGAACUGAGGAAGGUAUCCGAAGGCCUGGAAGGGACCAAACACAGUACUGUGAUGCGGCUCCUCCGAGUGGCCCUGAGCGGACAGCUGCAAGGACCCCCUGUAGCCGAGAUGAUGGUGUCCUUGGGAGCGAAGGAAGUGCGGGAACGAAUACAGAAGGUGCUUUCCAGCUAGAGAGCAGAUGUGCAGGACAAUGAAGUUGGCCCUAGGAACCUGGAUGGGCCUGGAAACCACCUUCAGAGGGAAGCGGAAUGGCCUGGAGCCCAUCAGGAAGCUCGUGGAAGGAACCCCGAGUGGAAACAGUCUGUGGGUGCACACCA